CCUACCCGGUGGAUGGGGAUGGAGUCUACGGCAUUGAGACCAGGAUUUAUUAAUGUGCAAAUUGCUCUGAUAUGAUCACAUACUUUCUGCUUUGCAUACGCAGGGAGCAGCGUGGGCUGAUGGAGUAUGAACUAGCCUGGGCGAUCUUUACGAGCUGAAAUCCUGCACAUCACAGAAGGGUUUGUUUCUCUGCGCAAAACCUGGGAAGCUGUUUGAAACCUGCUCUAAAAAACAAGUGAACAAAGUACCCAGACCCAAACGCACCAGACUUCUCCAUGAAUUCGCCAUGAAUAUAUUUUUCAUUUUUUUUGACAGAAACGUGCAUGUAACUUUCUCUGGAGGAACCGAGGAUUUUUGUAGUUGGUCUUGUAGUGUUUUAAAACUGAGAAACCAGUAGAGUCUUUUCAGCAGUGAUGAGGGAGUGACAAGUCAGAGUUCCUGCGAGCGCACUGGGAAACUGCAAGCAGCUAAUGCUCACUGCCAGAGCCCCCAGAUGGGACUAGAGCCAAGCGCCUGCGCUCCUUACGGGGAUGAAGGUAGAGCCAUGUUACCUGCUACCUAAGCUCGCUGUUGCUGGUGUAGUUUGUGGAUAUGGUCCUGUACCAGGCUUCGUGCACAGACUCUCAGCUCUGAUCCCGCCUGAGACGUUUUAGCAGCAGCAGAGAGAUCCCCAGCUGUGGAGCAGGCUCCUCCGAUCACCCUGCAACGGAGGGGCUGCAGCGCUGGAGUGUUACUAUGCAGCUUGGACUGUUUGUGGUGGUGGUUUUUCUAAGCUCGAUGGAUCUAACAGGCAGCAGCAAAGUGGUGAAGGGCAAGAGACAAAGACGAAUUAGCACCGAGCUGAGUCAGGGCUGUGCCAGAGGCUGCGACCUGUGCUCAGAGUUCAAUGGGUGCCUGAGAUGUUCCCCCAAACUCUUCAUCCUUCUGGAGAGGAAUGAUAUCCGGCAAAUUGGGAUUUGCCUACCAUCUUGUCCACUGGGAUACUUUGGCCUUCGCAAUACAGACAUGAACAAGUGCAUCAAAUGCAAAAUUGAGAACUGUGAGUCCUGUUUCAGUCGAAACUUUUGCACAAAAUGUAAGGAAGGUUUGUAUUUGCACAAAGGGAGAUGUUAUGUCACAUGCCCCGAAGGCUACUCUGCUGCCAACGGCACCAUGGAAUGCAGCAGUCCUGCACAAUGUGAAAUGAGUGAGUGGGGGCCCUGGGGGCCCUGCUCCAAGAAGAGGAAGCUCUGUGGCUUCAAGAAGGGCAAUGAAGACCGAACGCGGCGGAUUCUGCAGGCUCCCUCUGGAGACGUCUCCCUGUGUCCUGCCACCACGGAGGUGCGGCGAUGCACCGUGCAGAAGAACCAGUGCCCCGAAGGGAAAAGGAAGAAAAAGGAAGAACAAGGCAAGCAAGAUAAUGCAAAUGGGAACAGAAAUCGGAAAGACACCAAAGACGCGAAGUCUGGCACCAAGAAGAGGAAGAGCAAACAGAGAGGGGCCGCGGUCCCCACAACGUCCGCUAGCCCUGCCCAGUAGCUGCCCCUUUACGUCACCUGAUGGCAAGACUUCAUUGCUGCUAUGUAUAUGAAAGCUUUAUCGAACCAGAGCACUGCUACACAACUCGUACACAUGUCCAGAAAAGACAGACAUAUACUCCCAGACUGACCCACAGACCCGAGAGAAACCACAUACAUGAUACUUAGGGAGGCUGCACACACACACAGCACCCAGGACUGCAGAAAGAAGCUGCCGAGGAGUGGGAGUGGACGUGGAGGGAAGCCCACCUCCCCAGGGCUCCGCGGGGGAUGCUGCAGGGAGGAAAGGUGGAGUAUGAGCCAGCGAAGGACCCAGAUGUGAGACUUCAUGACCAAAGGCCUCAACUCAAGACCAGGCCCGUGGCCUCAGCACAGCACGGUCGUACCCAGAGGGACGAGACUGGCCCCACACAGCUGCUCUCCCCAAGCCGGGACCCAGACUCACACAAAGGCAUGGCCUCUUUCUCUUCCCCCCACCCUUUAUUUUGUGUUUUAAGCUGUAUGACUUUAUCAUUGCGAAUACAUGUUAAACAUUUGUGGUAAGAGGUCAGUGGUAUCUGCCCUGAAUCUGCUUCAAAGAGUUAUUUCAAAUUAAAAAAACAAAAACAAAAAACAAAAUGACAACCAGCUUCCUGAGUGUGUGGUUCAUGCCUUGGCCCCUAUGGAGGCUGGUGUCCCACAGGACAGAGACUCACUUGUAGAAGGGAAACUCACCAAAGCUUUAAGAAAAUCCCAGAAAAUGCUGCCAGCUGCACUGCAGCCGCAAAUCAGCCAUCCUGCAUUUGCAGGACCCCAGCUGUGCUCCGCGGAGCCCCUAAGGAAUUUCCCACUGAAGGAUCCAGUUAACAUACAGCAGACUGAGAAAAUGAGAGGUUACAACAAACCGCAGGUUGCCGAAAUAUCGCGUCUCCGCUUGUACAGUCAUAGCUGCGGGACUCCAUCCCAGGCUGGGGACACGCUCGUCUAUCCGUCCGGACACCACCCAGGCGCGUAGCAGGAGGGAAGGCAGGCGGGAGGGGGAAGGCAGAGUUCGGGCUCUGUGGAAGAGAAGCAAACUUUUAAAGUUUGGUAGAAACUACUGGUCUGUGUGCCACCGACUGGAAUUCCCUGGAUUCAGCAAAAGCACUCCUGCUCUGCAAGAGCCAACACCUGGGCAGAGGAACCAGGACGAGGACUGUGCGGGACAGAGACCUGGCGAGACUCGUGCAGGGUGCACGUGAAUGCUGCCUUCUCUGCGUGGAGAGCUUUACCUCUAGCAGCCUCACGAGGUGGCAUACUGCUCAGUUUCCUUUGUAUUUUAAAAUGUGCUUCCUGGAUAUAAAUAUGUGCAGACAUUUAAUUCCUCUAGAUUUCAGCAAAAGCCCUCUGGUCCUGAGGGACAGAGCCAGGGGAGGUGUGGUGGCUCCCAGAGAUGUGCCCGGGGCAGAUCAGUGAUGCACUGCUAAAGCUCCUGGCUCCCCUGGUAAGGAGAUGAGCAGCAAAAAGCUCACCCAAAGCUAAACCUGGCAAAUACCAUCUCCACUGCGUGUGCUUCUGCACCACCCUCUCUGCUCUGGUUCUGGAGGGCAGAGCGAGCCGGCAGGGAUGCCUGUGGGAGGGCUCCCCGCUCGCUCUCACGGGUCGCCUGCCCAUGCCCGGCCGUCCUGGUCCUCUCCCACAAAGAGCUGGCAGCUCGUGGCACCCGCUGAGGACUCGACUCCAGCCUGAGGACACCUAAACUCUCCCUUCACCCCAUCCGCUUUGCGGCUGCUUUGGCUCAGUGCAGAACGUGGGAGCUGCACAGUUGUUUCAGCUCCUGAGCUGUACCAAGCUCACUGUGACUGCUCUGCUGGCAGCAAAACCUUUCAGCCCAUCAUCCACUUUGCGUUUAAGUAAACAAGGAGCCGUUAUAUCUUUUAAAGGGGAUUCCAUUUCAGCACAAUGAUAAACGACCAGCAUACCAAGCAGAGAGAGAAAGAGGUUCUUAAAAGUCAUCCUUUGAGUUGUUUAUGGAUCAUGUUCAGACGAUUCCUGAAAGCCUCCCAGCUGAAAGAUCGGAUCUCACUGUUCUCUAGCCCCAGCUAGCCUGUGAGAGAAGUUACUUUGUUUGUGCCAUGGCAUUGCAUGUAAGCAGAACCAUUUUUCCUUUCCACUUUUUAGCAGCAAUAAUCAGUAACCCUUUCGUGAACCUCAGCUUGCUAAUUCAUAAACGACUCCUUCCUCCCUCCUGCUGCAGCAUCUCGAUCCAGUUCUCAACAAGGAUUAAAGAGAGUGCAUUAGUAAGGUUUUAUACACAGAGGCUCUGUUAACUGACUGGAUUCCCUACAGUAACUCAUGGCAAUAUUAGCACAACUUUUUCAAAACUACACCGCAUGCAACAAAUCAACCAACCUAUUUUAUAGAACUCUCCAGUUUUUUUAGAAAAACUGACAAACUUCUUUCUGUUGUGGCCUUUUCCCUUCUUUCUUCCUCUUUCAUAGCAAAAUGGGAAGAAAAAGGGAGAAAGGCAAAGGAAAGUUUAAAAUGCAUACUAAGAAAAUCCAAGAUUUUUCAGUAUGGGUGAUUUUAAAAUUAAAUUGUCUUAGAAAAAUUAGGAGGAAAGUAUUAAAAAAUAAAUCAAAUUUCUUUUUUCAAUCAGCUCCAGAAUUAUGCUAAUUCCCACUCCCAGAGAGCUGGUUCAUUUAUGAAUUUAGAAACAUUUUGCCUUUGACCAACAUGAUUUGCACACUCAGCUCAACAGUCCGAGCCGGAGAUUUCCUUAGACAGGUUGAUGUCAUCUCAACUCACAUGCACAUGAACGCUCUCUUUCAGCCCAUCAAAUAAAAUCUGUUGUGGUGUUCUCUCCAUGGCAUGACUGUAAAAUAUGCUUCUUUAAACAAAUAAAUAAAUAACUGGGUUU